GAUUCCCGCUCUUCUUGAAGAAUGAUGUUACCCGAGGCCCACGUACGGGGUGGCUUCUUGGGGAGGGUGCUGCCCUGCUUCGGAAACUGAGUCCUGUUGGCCUGAGAGGGCAGCGAGCCCCCCUUCGGGUUUCCUCAUCUUGUGCUGUUGCUUUGUGCCUAGGGGAGAAGAAUGUUAGAAGUCUUAAGAACUCAGGACAAGCAGCAGAAAUACAUGCAACAUGGUGACUGGAACUCUAAGGACUCUGCAAUAUGAAUAAUUCUCUGGAGAACACCAUCUCCUUUGAAGAGUACAUCCGAGUGAAGGCACGGUCUGUCCCGCAACACAGGAUGAAGGAAUUUCUGGACUCACUGGCCUCUAAGGGGCCAGAAGCCCUUCAGGAGUUCCAGCAGACAGCCACCACUACCAUGGUGUACCAACAGGGUGGGAAUUGCAUUUACACAGACAGCACCGAAGUGGCUGGGUCUUUGCUUGAACUUGCCUGUCCAGUUACCACCAGUGUUCAGCCACAAACCCAGCAAGAACAGCAGAUUCAGGUUCAGCAGCCACAGCAGGUUCAGGUACAGGUGCAGGUGCAGCAGUCUCCGCAGCAGGUCUCGGCUCAGCAGCUCUCCCCGCAGCUCACCGUUCAUCAACCUGCCGAGCAGCCCAUCCAGGUCCAGGUGCAGAUCCAAGGCCAGGCACCACAGUCAGCAGCCCCCUCCAUCCAGACCCCAUGUCUGCAGAGCCCCAGCCCCUCACAGCUGCAAGCAGCCCAGAUCCAGGUGCAGCACGUGCAGGCGGCCCAGCAGAUCCAGGCUGCAGAAAUCCCGGAGGAGCACAUCCCACAUCAGCAAAUCCAGGCUCAGCUGGUGGCUGGCCAGUCUCUCGCUGGGGGUCAGCAGAUCCAAAUCCAGACCGUGGGUGCCCUUUCCCCACCACCAUCCCAGCAGGGCUCACCACGGGAAGGGGAGCGGCGGGUUGGCACAGCCAGUGUCCUCCAGCCAGUGAAGAAGCGCAAAGUGGACAUGCCCAUCACUGUGUCCUACGCCAUCUCAGGGCAGCCGGUGGCCACCGUGCUGGCCAUUCCGCAAGGCCAGCAGCAGAGUUAUGUGUCUUUGAGGCCAGACUUACUGACAGUAGACAGUGCCCACCUGUACAGUGCCACUGGGACCAUUACUAGCCCUACAGGAGAAACCUGGACCAUCCCUGUUUAUUCUGCCCAGCCCCGGGGGGACCCUCAGCAGCAGAGCAUUACCCACAUUGCCAUUCCCCAGGAAGCCUACAACGCAGUUCACGUCAGUGGCUCACCCACAGCCCUGGCAUCCGUAAAGCUGGAGGAUGACAAGGAGAAGAUGGUGGGCACCACGUCUGUAGUGAAAAACUCCCAUGAAGAGGUAGUGCAGACCCUUGCAAACUCUCUCUUUCCAGCACAGUUCAUGAAUGGCAACAUCCACAUUCCAGUGGCUGUGCAGGCUGUGGCAGGCACAUACCAGAAUACAGCUCAGACUGUCCAUAUAUGGGAUCCCCAACAGCAGCCACAACAGCAAACCCCCCAGGAACAGACUCCACCACCGCAGCAGCAGCAGCAGCCACAGCUCCAGGUUACUUGCUCAGCUCAAACUGUUCAAGUUGCUGAAGUGGAACCACAGUCACAGCCACAACCUUCCCCAGAACUUCUGCUUCCAAAUUCUUUGAAGCCAGAAGAAGGGCUUGAAGUUUGGAAAAACUGGGCCCAAACCAAGAACGCUGAACUAGAAAAGGAUGCUCAGAACAGAUUGGCACCCAUUGGGAGGCGCCAACUACUGCGAUUCCAGGAAGAUCUCAUCUCCUCUGCUGUGGCCGAGUUGAAUUAUGGACUCUGUCUAAUGACAAGGGAAGCUCGAAAUGGAGAAGGUGAACCCUAUGACCCAGAUGUGCUCUACUAUAUUUUCCUGUGUAUUCAAAAGUAUCUUUUUGAAAAUGGAAGGGUAGAUGACAUUUUCUCUGAUCUUUAUUAUGUUCGAUUCACGGAGUGGCUACAUGAAGUUCUGAAGGAUGUUCAGCCCCGGGUCACUCCACUUGGCUAUGUCCUUCCCAGCCACGUGACUGAGGAGAUGCUGUGGGAGUGCAAGCAGCUUGGAGCUCACUCCCCCUCCACCCUGCUGACCACCCUCAUGUUCUUUAACACCAAGUACUUCCUGUUGAAGACAGUGGAUCAGCACAUGAAGCUGGCGUUCUCCAAGGUCUUGAGGCAGACAAAGAAGAACCCCUCUAAUCCCAAGGAUAAAAGCACAAGUAUCCGAUACCUGAAGGCCCUUGGGAUACACCAGACUGGCCAGAAAGUUACAGAUGACAUGUAUGCAGAACAGACAGAAAAUCCAGAGAAUCCACUGAGGUGUCCCAUCAAGCUCUACGAUUUCUACCUCUUCAAAUGCCCCCAGAGUGUGAAAGGCCGGAAUGACACCUUUUACCUGACACCGGAGCCAGUGGUGGCCCCCAACAGCCCAAUCUGGUACUCAGUCCAGCCUAUCAGCAGAGAGCAGAUGGGACAAAUGCUGACCCGGAUCCUGGUGAUACGAGAAAUUCAAGAGGCCAUUGCGGUGGCCAGUGCAAGCACCAUGCACUGAGAUGUCUCACCAUGGUGCAAGAGAAACCAGCCAGGAAAAAACCAGACAGACUUUCACACUAAAGAAGAGGCCUCCAUUUUUCUUUUUUCUUUUUUUAUUGGUGUAGUUAUGAAGCCUUUCAGGCUGCUUCUGUUUAAAAUGUAAAAGAAAACUGCCCCCUUUGCAUCUUCAUAAACCUGCAGCAGCAGACUCCCCAGCCCAUGGGGGUUCUGGGUUUCCCGAGAGCCGGAUGUCCUAGAAAGUUGUUGGCUGACGUUUUCUGUUUUGUUUGGGGCCUGGGGAAAGGGCUUGGACUGUUAGGAGAAAUGUAGCCCCUUCCCUUUCUCAAAAAAGAUGAAAUUAAUGAUGGAUGGACCCUCCGGGGAAUCUCCCCAGCUCGCUUCUGCCCUGGACUGGCAGACUUUGCUAACUACAGGGGAGCCACGUUCUUUCUUCAUGCUCAGACAUAAACUUAGCAUCUUAAUGGAAGGAAAAUGAGGGGGACUUCAAUUAUGAUUUAUUAAAGACAAUUUCUAUUACACCCUCCUUUAUGACAAGUGACAUUUUAGAUGUUAAAGUAAAAACUUUACCAUGCUUUUUUUUUUUUUUUUUUUUUUGGCCUAACAUUGAGGCCUUAAACCUGAGGCUCCUGUGCCUGAUGGAAUUCUUGUAACAUACACUUGUGUAUCAUAUAAAAAUACCACUCUGUUUCUCUUAUGUAUUCUUACUCUAGUUGUUUAUUAAGAAUGACAAGCACGUCUUUUCAACG